GCCGGGCCGAGCGGAGCUGGAAGUGGGGGAAACCGAGGACUACCGGUGUGUGUCUGUCGCUUUCGCAGCCUUAGUUCCGCGGGGCCUGGCAUCAGCAGCAUGGCGACUGACUGGCUGGGCAGCAUUGUGUCCAUCAACUGCGGCGAGAGCCUGGGUGUCUACCAGGGGAGGGUGUCAGCCGUGGACCAGAUCAGCCAGACCAUCUCGCUCACACGACCCUUCCACAAUGGGGUGAAGUGUCUUGUGCCCGAAGUCACCUUCAGGGCAGGUGACAUUACAGAGUUGAAAAUUCUGGAGAUACCAAGUCCGGGAGACAACCAGCAUUCUGGCGAUCUUCACCAGACGGAGUCAGGCCCCUCUGGCAUGGGGUACUCAGUGGGCAUCAAUCAGAAUGGCACGGGCAAGUUGGUCAGGAAGCCGACCUCUUCCAGCAGUGCCCCUCAGAACAUCCCCAAGCGGACAGACGUGCGGAGCCAGGACGUUGCCGUAUCCCCACAACAGCAGCAGUGCUCCAAGAGCUACGUGGACAGGCACACGGAGUCCCUGAGUCAGUCCAAGAGCUUCCGGCGCCGGCACAACUCCUGGUCGUCCAGCAGCAGGCACCCAAACCAGGCGACUCCGAAGAAAAGUGGUUUAAAGAAUGGCCAGAUGAAGAGCAAAGACGACGAGUGCUUCGGGGAUGACAUCGAGGAAAUCCCAGACACAGAUUUUGAUUUUGAGGGGAACCUGGCGCUCUUUGACAAGGCCGCCGUGUUCGAGGAGAUCGACACCUAUGAGAGGCGCAGCGGCGCCCGCUCCCGGGGUCCCCCUGGCGAGAGGCCGGCACGCUACCGGCAUGAUGAGAACAUCCUGGAGUCGGAGCCCAUCGUCUACCGGCCUAUCUCCGUGCCCCACGGCGGGAGCAAGGAGUUCUGCACCGACUCUGGCCUUGUCGUUCCAAGUGUCUCCUAUGAGCUGCAUAAGAAGCUCCUGGCUGUGGCCGAGAAGCACGGGCUGACUCUGGAGAGGAGACUGGAGGUGACCGGCGUGUGUGCCAGCCAGAUGGCCUUGACUCUGCUCGGGGGACCCAACAGGCUAAACCCCAAAAAUGUUCACCAGAGGCCCACAGUGGCGCUGCUCUGUGGGCCCCACGUGAAAGGGGCUCAGGGCAUUAGCUGUGGCAGGCACCUGGCCAACCAUGACGUCCAAGUCAUCCUCUUCCUGCCCAACUUUGUCAAGAUGCUGGAGUCCAUCACCAACGAACUCUCACUCUUCAGCAAGACCCAGGGCCAGCAGGUGUCCAGCCUCAAAGAUCUGCCCAGCAGCCCCGUGGACCUGGUCAUCAACUGCCUGGACUGUCCCGAGAACGCCUUCCUGCGGGACCAGCCGUGGUACAAGGCAGCUGUGGCCUGGGCCAACCAGAACCGCGCUCCAGUCCUCAGCAUAGACCCUCCCGUGCAUGAAGUCGAACAGGGCAUUGACGCCAAGUGGUCCCUGGCCCUGGGCCUGCCCCUGCCGCUGGGUGAGCACGCGGGCCGGGUCUACCUGUGCGACAUCGGCAUUCCCCAGCAGGUCUUCCAGGAGGUGGGCAUCAACUACCACUCACCCUUCGGCUGCAAGUUUGUCAUCCCUCUGCACUCAGCCUAGGCUCCCAGCCAGCCUGCCGCCGCCGCAGAGGACAAGCGCCUUAAGAUGGGAGCUCCUUGGACUCUGUUGUGCUUUGCUCUUCUGGGUUGGGUUCUUGGCAAGAGAAUGGGGCCCUCAGCUGGGGCAGGCUCCCCCAACCCCCACCUGCCCUGUACAGAGGGCUGGGCGGCAGUGCUUGUGGUGGCAGAGUCCGUCCUCUAACCAUGCGGUCCACGGGGCUGCCCCAACCCACCGGAAUCCCAAGGGCGGUGGCUUCCUUUCCACCGCGUCUCUGAGGCGGGAGGGCGGGCCCUGCACACUGGUCUGGGGCUUCCUCAGACGGGGCACGCUAGGCUCUGUUUCUGUAGUGCUGAAGUGCCCGCCCUCUGCUGAGGGUUUCCUAGUCUUGAGGAGCCCCCUCAGGGUACAGCUUUAAUGGUCAGUGUUGGGGAGGCCCUUAGGGGAACCGGUGCUGAGCCAGACGAGGCUCCCUGGUGCUUGUGUCCUAGGGUUCCUCUGACCUCCCCACCCCACCCCACCCCUGAAACACUCCUUUGUGGCUUCUGUCCCCCAGGAGGGCAUGCACCCCUGCCCACGCUCCCCAGCUCUGCUGUUCAUACCAGUCAGCUGACCUGUGUCCAGGGUGCCAAAGCAAGGCUAGUUCUGGGCUGGCAGGCUGGGACCAGGCUGCUACAGAGGACUCGGCUUGAGGGUCUUUAUUCUAGGAGUUGAUGGGAGGGCUGGCCCUUCCCCUCCUGCAGCGUGAAGUUGUCUCCGCAGUGUGAGGCGAGCCCAGCAUCCAGGAUCCGGGGAGCAGGCUAGCAUUUUGGGGGGCAGUGGCCUGGGGUAUCGCCUUGCCGAGGGCCACAGCAGUCUGCGGGCCUCUCCUUCCUUGUCCCAGGCAGCACUGAGGCUCCUCCCACCUGCUCUGAUGGCCCUGGCUGGGUGGGUGACAAUAAAGAGUGACA